UCGCAAGCGCACUGGAGGCAACUGAUUCCUGGCAUGAAAGCUCAACUACUCGAAGAUAACUUUUGUGGCUGGAUGCAGCGGAUCUCCAAGAGACGAACGGAAGAAACGAAAGUGGGACCAACAGGCCUUAUUCACUUUUCCAAGUGCCGAGUCCGUCAGCUAUCUGGUCCUAACGCAUUUCCAGUGGAUAAUUUAGAUCAAAAUGAUUUAGGUCUAUCAACUACUGCUGGAUCAACUAAAAAAGGUGUAUUAUAUUGGAUGUCACGUGACCAAAGAAUUCAGGAUAAUUGGGCUCUGCUUUACGCUCAGAGAUUAGCAAUCAAAUUUAAGACGGCUCUUCAUGUCUGCUUCUGCCUGGUACCAACAUUUGCUUGUGCUACUUGGCGACAGUACCAUUUUAUGUUAGCAGGUCUUCGCGAGGUCGAGCAGGUAUAG